CGCAUGCGCAGUGACGCCACCGCCGCUGGGUGGGCCGGGGCGACGCCGCUUCCGCCCGGCGCCAAGAUGGCGGCGCCCUUUGUCUGGUCGGUGUCACGGUGAGGGCCGCGGGCCGCGGGUGAGGCCCCGCCGGGCCCGGCAUGGCAGGAUCCGUUCCUGGAAAUGAGAACAGACCCCUGUGGGCAGAGGCAGUGAGGGUUGGGGCCGUGUUGUUCCCCGAGCUGACGCACGAGGCGAGAGAUGACAGUGGGAUGGCUGCAUAGAGACUGACCCGAACACCUGGAAAGGGAAAAUCUCUGGAGAGACGCAGCCCUGUGGCCCUCCACCCUCGGGGUAUCUGCGCUCCUCACAGCACAGGGCCAUGGAUUUCCCACAGCACAGCCAGCAGGUGCUGGAGCAGCUGAACCAGCAGCGGCAGCUGGGGCUGCUCUGCGACUGCACCUUCGUGGUGGACGGCAUCGACUUCAAGGCCCACAAGGCCGUGCUGGCCGCCUGCAGCGACUACUUCCGCAUGCUCUUCGUGGACCAGAAGGACGUGGUGCACCUGGACAUCAGCAAUGCCGCAGGCCUGGGCCAUGUUCUGGAGUUCAUGUACACGGCUAAGCUGAGCCUGAGCCCCGAUAACGUGGAGGACGUGCUGGCCGUGGCAGGUUUCCUGCAGAUGCAAGAGGUCGUCAGCGCUUGCAAUGCGCUCAAAUCUCUCUCUGUGCCCCCAGAAAAUCCCCCUGGGAUGAACCAGCAGCCCCCUGAGAUCGGAGCUGACAAGGCGAUGGCCAAUGCCAAGAGCUCGGUGGUGGCAGGAGCUCCGGGUGAGCCUGGCAAAGCCAAAGCAGCGGCUCCCGACGCCCAGGGGAAGGAGGAGAGGCCGGAGGCCAUGGCACAGCCCGAGGCGCCUGCGGAGCAGCCGGCUGGCCAGGAGGGUGAGCCACCAAGGGGUGACACCCUGGGUCCUGCUGUCACCCCCUGCACAGCCUGUCCUGGCACUCCGGUGCUCGCAGGGACAGGCGCUGCCAUCCAGGAGGAUCCCAAGGCCGACGUUCCCGGGCUCCCGCGGCUGUCGGACAGCGCGGGGGGCAGCGGCAGCCCCGCAGCCACGGACACCGCCGGGACAGGAGAAAUGAAGCCAGAAAGGAAGGAGGAAGAGGGGGAGAUGAUAGUGAAGGAGGAGGAUGAGGGUAAAACCCCCAAGGAGGAGCUCGCCCAGUUGGAGAAUGGAGAAAACGCGGAGGAUAACGAGUCGGGAAGCACAGAUUCGGGGCAGGAGAACUCAGGGGAGCCGCGCCUGCUGCGCUCCGGCACCUGCAGCGACCGCACCGAGUCCAAGGCCUACGGCUCCGUCACUCACAAGUGCGAGGACUGUGGGAAGGAGUUCACCCACACCGGGAACUUCAAGCGGCACAUCCGUAUCCACACCGGGGAGAAGCCCUUCUCGUGCAGGGAGUGCAACAAGGCCUUCUCUGACCCGGCCGCCUGCAAGGCCCACGAGAAGACACACAGCCCGCUGAAGCCGUACGGCUGCGAGGAGUGUGGCAAGAGCUACCGGCUCAUCAGCCUGCUGAACCUGCACAAGAAGCGGCACACGGGCGAGGCCCGGUACCGCUGCGAGGACUGCGGCAAGCUCUUCACCACCUCGGGCAACCUGAAGCGGCACCAGCUGGUGCACAGCGGGGAGAAGCCCUACCAGUGCGACUACUGCGGGCGCUCCUUCUCCGACCCCACCUCCAAGAUGCGCCACCUGGAGACGCACGACACCGACAAGGAGCACAAGUGUCCCCACUGCGACAAGAAGUUCAACCAGGUGGGGAAUUUGAAGGCUCACCUGAAGAUCCACAUCGCAGAUGGGCCCCUGAAGUGCCGGGAGUGUGGGAAGCAGUUCACCACAUCAGGUAACCUGAAGCGGCACCUGCGGAUCCACAGCGGGGAGAAGCCGUACGUGUGCGUGCACUGCCAGCGCCAGUUCGCCGACCCCGGCGCCCUCCAGCGCCACGUCCGCAUCCACACCGGAGAGAAGCCCUGCCAGUGCUUGAUGUGUGGGAAAGCCUUCACCCAGGCGAGCUCCCUCAUCGCCCACGUGCGCCAGCACACCGGGGAGAAGCCCUACGUGUGCGAGCGGUGUGGGAAGAGGUUCGUCCAGUCGAGCCAGCUGGCCAACCACAUCCGUCACCACGACAACAUCCGGCCCCACAAAUGCACCGUCUGCAACAAAGCCUUCGUUAACGUGGGCGACCUGUCCAAGCACAUCAUCAUCCACACGGGGGAGAAGCCGUUCCUGUGUGACAAGUGUGGGCGCGGCUUCAACCGCGUGGACAACCUGCGCUCCCACGUGAAGACCGUGCACCAGGGCAAGGCCGGCAUCAAAAUCCUGGAGCCUGAGGAAGGCGACGAGGUCAACAUUGUCACGGUGGCAUCCGAUGACAUGGUGACACUGGCCACCGAGGCGCUGGCUGCCACCGCUGUCACGCAGCUCACGGUGGUGCCCGUGGCAGCCGCGGUGACGGCGGAUGAGACCGAAGCACUUAAAGCCGAGAUCACCAAAGCGGUGAAGCAAGUGCAGGAGGCAGACCCCAACACGCAGAUCCUUUACGCCUGCGAUUCCUGCGGGGAGAAGUUCCUGGACGCCAGCAGCCUGGCGCAGCACGUGCGCAUCCACACGGCCCAGGCGCUCGUCAUGUUCCAGGCGGAGCCGGACUUCUACCAGCCGUACGGCGCUGCGGGCUGGCCGGCAGAGCAGGUCAUCCCCGCCGGGGAGCUCCUCUUCCGCCCCCGCGACGGCCCCGAGCCGCCCGCGGCCGCUGCCCCGGCCCCUCCGGCCGAGGGGCCGCCCCCCGAGUGACCCCGCCCCGCCCAGCCUUUAUUUAAACGACAGCUCGGAAAUGGUGUAAAAAGUGUAUUUCUGGAAGGAAAGAGAUGGAAUAAAAUGCA